CGCCGCCCCGGCCCGAGCGGCGAAAACGUCCGUCACAGCCCGGACGCUGCUGAGCGCACGACGCGGCGGGGCCACCCCCGCAGCAGCGUCACGGGGCGGGCCCCGCCGCCGAGCCGAUUGAUCGCAGGCGGCGGCAGCGAUCGCCGAGCGCUCGAGCGCGGCGGGCGGCGGCCCGAGGUCUCGCUCUCGGUCGGUUGCCCGUGGCUUCACUAGCGGGUUGGGCGAGCGCCCGAGGCCGAGCGGGCGGCGAAGCGGCGGUGCCGGGAGGCCGGGCUCGGCCGGAGGCUGUCGGUCGCUCUUCUGGAGGAGGAGGAGCUGUGCCGGGAGCCGAGGAGGCUUUGUCACGUUGCCCGAGCAGCUCCCGCGCCCGGAGGCGGCCCCGCGCCCAGUUCCGCUCCCCGCGCUCGGCCUGCGCUACCGAGCGCCGGGGCGGGAGCUCGGCCUGGGCCUCGCAGGGGCCCGGGAGCUUUGUCGUUCUGCAUUCGGAGCCUGGUGGAGUGUCGUGAUGGCAGCUCAGAUGACUGAUGCUCAUCGACGGUUCCUGCAGGUCUUGAUGUCUCACGGGAUAAUGGAAGGAUCUGAGGCAAGGAAAUUACACAGGCACUGCUGUGAAGUCCAUAAAGUCUACUACGCACAUGAUAAACUGGCUGAUUUCAUCAGUACCAUCAACAGGCAUCUACAGCCUUUGUUUAUGCAGAUCCGGAAGGGAAUGUCAGAAGAUGAUGGGAGAGCGCAUUAUGCUUUAGUGAAUUUGGCGGAAACUGAAAUAACUAAAAUGGCAUCUGACUAUACUGAAAAUGAAUUAGAAUUGUUCAGAAAAACAAUGGACCUAAUCAUUUUAUCAGAAAAUGGCUUUGCCUCUUCUACAGAUAUUUUAAACUUGGCUGACCAACUUAAGACAAAGAAAAUGAAGAAAAAGGAAGCAGAACAAGUGCUGAAAGUUUUUGUGGAGGAUAAGUGGCUCUCUGAGAGAAAUGGAGAAUUUACUCUGCAUACUCGUUGCAUAAUCGAGAUGGAACAAUUCAUUCUCAGCAACUACCAAGAUGCGGCAAGGAAGUGUAACAUCUGUCGCAGCCUUGCCAUUCAGAGCCAAGUAUGUGAAUCCUGUGGAACUGGAAUGCAUUUACCUUGCAUCAGAAAGUACUUCAGAGCUCAGACUGAACCUCGCUGUCCACAGUGUAACGAUUUCUGGACUUGUGACAUCCCAGGUGUGAGUCGCACAGACUCUCAGUCACCACCAAAAACAGGGAGAACAGAGAAGAGCUUCAUGGUCAGCACGAGACGAUCCUAGAAAAACUGGAUUUCAGUGAAAUCUCUUUUCCCCACUCUUGCAGAACACCCAGGCUCGUAUUGUAUUCAUUAGCAACAGACAGAGCAUUGGUCAGAGUACUUAGUUUUUCCUCAAGCUUUUAAGAAUUUUACAAUAAAAUUAUCAUUGACCUUCCUGUU